CAGCUGCUACUGUUUGUCAACGUUUUUCUAUACCCUUUAUUUUGGCAUUAGAGUAAGACAGUAGAAAUACACUGAGCCCAGUUGAAAUAUUGCUUUAAAAUUCAACUGCUUGUCUCGGUCUGCAAGUAAAAAGUAAGACUGAAUCUGGAUUGCUGCAUCGAAUCCUUCGCGUGUAACAAGCCGGAAGUUACAACGGAAGCCGCGAUGAGAAUGCACCACAUCCGUUGAUGAGAUCAACCGGAGGGAAAAUGGGCGGAAACGCAGGUAUCGCGCCUUCACGUUAAAGUCUUGUAUCUAUGGGUGUCAAGUAAAACCACGCCAGGAAUUAUCCUGUCCCCCGUGGGAUCUUCGUUACCUCUGCGGUAGAACGGUGUCAGCUGCUCAGCGUUGCACACGAGACGAAAUGGAUCCAGUUCAAAGUGGGACUGGUGUCUUCUACCAGGCAAUGCCUGCUAUUGGAGCCAAUGGAAAGAACAUAAUGAAACUGAUUCCUGUCCAAAUGGUCAACGGACGGUUUGUCCAAACGCAGAUAAGCAAACCCAAAACCAACCCAACUCCGCAGAAAGAAGUCACCUUUAGUGCUGCUUCAGCACUUGUUGAAAUUGCUAGAAAAGAGUCGUUGAAUCCGUUUUCCUCUCAGCAGCCAUCCAAGAAGCAGGUUUCACUUGGGAAAUUUUUACCAGGUCAGGUGGAGCCAGCGCUGAGCAAUCCAGUAAAUCAGCAGGCUGUUAAAUUAAACGAGAAAGUCCCUCAGAUGGCAGCAACUUCUACAAAUAUGGUGAACUCAGCGAGACUUCCAUUUCAGCUUCCAGUGAUGGUGAAAUCUCCAGCCCUCCCCAGAGGACAGUGCCUACAGAUUCUCCCCACUGCUCAAGUCCAGAGAGUCCCAGCAUCCCAGCUCCCUCCCCGUGUCAAGGAGCAGAUCUUUACUUCAUCCUCAGGCUCUCCCGCUGGCUCGGGAUCGAACAGUGUGGUCUACGUGUCUCCUGUCACCACUGUGAAUCAAGGUCCUCCCGAAUCGAGCGGCUCUGCGUCUCACACACUCAGGCUGCUUUCCCAGGCAACAAAUACAGCUUCUCCAAGCGGAGCCAAACCACAUCUAAAACUCAUUCCCAAAGUUUCCCAAAGGCCCAACAGCCCCAUAAGGUGGGUGAUUGAAGAGGUGGACAGCUCCACGGCCGAGAAUCGGAGACAUCCUCUUUCUCCGUCAGUCACGUCAGAAAUCAUUCAGUCUGUAGCUGAGAGGGAAAACAAAAGCAAACUAACGGUCCCUCAACCAGGUCCGAGGAAUGAUGGACAAGGACAAGAAAAUGCUUUGGUGGUUUGCAACGGGAAGGUGUUUUUUGUGGCCAACAAGUGCAGCUCUUCGUUUAAAUCCACAGCAGCGACACAAAGCCCAAAUAUCAGCAAAAGCACCAUUCCUCCUCCUCCUCCUCCUCCUCCUCAGCAGCAGCCUCAUGAGUUAGCUACACCCCAAACAAAGCCGAGCCUCAGAGCUCCAGGAGAGUCGAGUGAAGUGAUCGAUCUCUGUGAUGAUGAUGAUGAUUCUCAGCAAGACUUAAUUCCACAGGCCUCUUCAUCCAACACGCCCUCCGCCUCUCAUCCCGAUGAAGACAAUGUGAUAUUUGUGUCCUAUAUUCCACCCAAAUCUCAGUCGAUGCCAAAAACACAAGCAGGGAUCAUAAAGCAAACGGACUGGACGGCGUCAAGCGGCUCCAACAGCAGAGCUGGUGUUUCUGCUCAGAGGGGGGUAGAACCUGGCCAGAAUAUCUCUGUUGGACAGGAGUCACAUGAUGCUGGUUCAACCCUGAAGAGUCUCAGCAUGUUCUCCAUCCAGCAGCUGGACAACAUGGAGGUGGAUGAAGAGAGUCCAGCAGACCACAGCAGCUCAGGAGAACAUCCUGAAACUGAGGAGAGUUCUCAGAGCAAGGAGAGCUGUAAACAUCCCAGACCCGAGUCGACAUCUCUGCUGGUACCACGGCUCUGUCAGAGGUCCGACAGCCUGCUGAGGAAGAUGUUUGGAAUUACAGCUGAUGUGAAAAUUAGCCUACAAAAGAUUGAUGAAGCAUCACCUGGGUGUGUCUCUGCAGACCUCCACCAAGGGUCCAUGAGGUCUGUGGAGGAUGAGAAACCAAUAAGCAGCUUGAAACAGAAGGAUCUCAUUCCACAAGACAUGUGCAGUGCAGAAGACCGGGAUGUUUGCAUCAGUGUGAAAAUGCAGAGUGAACAGGAACUGUCAGCAUCUCUUCACACAAGAGUGACUCCUCUCAAAAGUUCACACUUCAAACUGAACUCAGAACCUGCCUCUGGUUUGAAGGAGAGCUGCUGUUCUGGUCAGAGUUCACACAACAGAGUUUGUCACGCUGAACCCGAUGCAGUUCUUGGCUACGUGGAGCCAAUAGAUGAGGAUUUCCCAGAUGAAAAUGACAUGCCCACGUUACAGAGCUCACCCAGCUAUCCGCAGCCGUAUGUGGAUAUGAACACCAACACAAGGAGAAUGGGACGGACAAGGAAGCGUACCAUGUGUCCAUGCUGCAUCCCCACUGCUCUGCACCCCGCCGUGAAGUCCAGCUCCAGGUUAGAAGAACCGGAGACCCUAACCACCGAGCAGACGAGUAAAAAAACAGGACGAAGGGCUCCAAGAAAAGAUGGAAAAACAUCUGGAAGGAUCAGCUGUCUGGAAGCUAAAAACAAGCACAACUGUAAGACGCAUGAAGCUUUGUCCACAACAUCCACAUGUGAGCUAAAAAGACAUGAAAAGGGGGAAAGACUCAAAGAUCUUCUGAGUGAGGAAGAGGCACAAAAGAUGAAUCAUAUAAGCUGAGACAAAGAUGAUAAAAAGAGAAGCAUUUAUUCAUUUAUGUGCCUUCAUUUGGUUGUUUUUUAAAUACUUUUUAAAGUGGAAAUUAAGAUUAGCUGCUUUAUGUUGGGUUUUGGGCAAAACACUCCACAGAGGAGAAAAGAACCUUAUUUUCUUCAUGUGUUAACAUUUAACUUUAAAUUUAAGCUAAUUGGGUUAUUUUUACAAUCCUAAAUAAAAAAAAUUAUUGAAGUGCUGUUUAAGAUGUAAAUAAAAUAAAAUGAUAUGCAAGUCCAAUAAAUCCAUAUUUUAUUCCACGUAGAACAUAAAGAACAUAUCAGAUGUUGAAACUGAGACAUUUAACCAUUUCAUGGUUCAUACUGCUCUGAAACAACAAAGGGAAGACUUGACACAUAUUUGAUCCUGAUAAAUAAAAUGUUGUGGUUGAAAAUUACACAGUGGAAUGUGUUGAGAACAAAACAAAAAAAAAAAUGAACCCAUGGAGGUUGGGAUUCACAAUCCGACUCAAAAGUGGAAAGUUCAGAUCCCAGGCUGGACCAGCUUCUGUGGAAACUCAAGUCAACCCCUGGACAGUCUGUGGUGGGCAUGGUGGUGGUGGAUGGAACAAGACAUGAUGUCCCAGAGGUGCUGGACUAGAUUCAGGUCUGGUAAACAGGCAGGCCUGUCAGAAGGAGCCCAUGUCCCAGUUCAGCAGCAUAUGGUCUGACAGUGGGUCUGAGGAUCUCAUCCUGGUACCUAAUGUCUGCGCUGCCCUCCAAGGACUUGCCCCCCCAGACCAUCACUGACCCACUGCCAAACCGGUCAUGCUGGAGGAUGUUGCAGGCAGCAGAACGUUCUCCACAGCGUCUCCAGACUCUCUCACAUUUGUCACAUGUGCUCCAUGUUAACCUGCUCUCAUACGUGAGGACCACAGGGCGCCAAUGGCCAAUCUGCCAAUCCUGGUGUUCUCUGAUAAUGGCCAGUCAGGCUGCAGAGUGUUGGGCUGUGAGCACAGGCUCCACUUGUAGAUGUGGGACCCUCAUACCAGCCUCAUGGAGUCUGUUUCUGACAGUUUAAGCAGACACAUGAACAUUAGUGGCUACUGGAGGUAAUUUUGUAGGACUGUAGAGCUCCUCCUGGUCCUCAUGCUCAGAGGAGCAGAUAGCGGGUCUGCUGCUGGGCUGUUGUCCUACAGCCACCUCCACGUCUCCUGGUAUACUGGUCUAUCUCCUGGUGUCUCCUCCACAUUGUACUGGGAGAUGCCGCAAACCUUGCCACAUUGAUGUGACAUCCUGGAUGAGCUGCACUACCUGAGCAUCUUCUGUGGGUUGCACACACCUCAUCUUACCUCUGUUGGUGAGGGCAGUGGCAGAAUGCAAAGGGAGGGGGAUGAAGAUGG